CACGGAGUAGCUCGGCAAUUUGGAGGCGAGCUUUGUCAUGCUACUUGCAGCUUCAAUAUCGCGUAUUCGAGUUGUCAGCCAGCCAUGCAUGAAACUGAGUUUUUCGGCAAAGAACAUUUUCUUCUAUGCUCUUAUGUCUUAUGAGAAGAUACCGAGUUAGUAGCUGAGGUAUAUACGCUUCUCGCCGUAUGCAGCUAGAGAAGUUAUGGUACGGUACGUAGCUGUGGCGUCUGCUGCGAUGCUUAUAUUUCUUCACCUAAGGGGCUAUGCGAAGGUAAUGCCAGAACUUACCUUGCCGAGAGCUGACCGAGGGAGGCAAGAUACAAUGAUAUCGAAGUAUAAAAGCCUUCCCAAUCCUCCUCUCAAAGUAGAUCCUCUCAUCUCAGUCCUCAUCCUCAACUCUCCAAUCCCCAAGUAACCUACAAACCAAGAAAAACCCACCAUAUAAACACCCCCAAAAUGUGCACCACCCCCCUCCUCCUCCUCGCCCUCUCAGCACUCACCACCGCCCUCCCCUCUCCCCUCACCCCCAGAGAAUGCACCGCCCCAACCUCCUUCCAAAUCAACGGCUUCACCACCUUCGGCCCCGCAGAGGGGAACACCAACCCGGCCUUCGUCAGCUUCACCUUUGCCAGUGCGGGGACAUCGACCCGCUGUACUCGGAAUGGGGAUAUCACUUCGGCCACCCUGGCUACGUGUGCUGAUGGGGAGACAGUUUUCAGGUGGUCGGCGGAUCGUGUUCUGACGGUGGGGACGAGUUAUGUUGAUUGUGAUGGAAAGUAAGUCGCUCUUAACGGGAAUGGGGUGAGUGGUGUACUGAUGAUGUUUUUUAGUCCUGCUGUUGCGGCGGGUGAUUUGGGUUUGAGUGUUUUCUGCUUCCCGGUUGUGCCUCCUGUUCCUUUUGGGGCGGGGACGGAGUGUGAGACUCCUACUGGGCAGGUUGGAGGUUCUUUUACGAGGUCUUCUGUUUAGAUCUCUUCUCCGUUUCUAUCAUUUCAAGAAAUUUGAAAAUUGGUUUCCUUUGAAAGAUAGAAGGCGGAAAUGUCUCAGGUGCUCUGGAUCUAUGGAGUCCUUUUUCUGUUCUGAAGAGGAAGAAGUUGAUGGGUGGAAAA